AUGGCAACAACAUCACAACCUCCGGCGUCCUCGGCCUCAGCGCAAAUAUCCACCCCCAUGGAAACUGACGAAACAACACCAGACCCGACGACACAAUCCCAACACCAUCCCGAGGACCCCAACAACAACGACGCCCAAGCCCAAGCCCAAGCCCAAGCACAGCAACAGCAGCCCGUCGUCCCCGGCCCCCGCGCCGUCCGCCUGCAGGAGCUCUACGCGCAGAGCCUCAAGCGCACGCUGGGCAAGCUGAAAUGGGACAACUUCGCCGCGUGCUACCCGACGGUGGCGGGCAAGGCCGAGCCGGUGCUGAAGCAGGUCCAGGCGCAGAUGGUGGAGAAGCUGGGCGAGAAGUGCGAAAAGGAAUUUGAAAGCAUACUCAUAACGAGACAAGUCGUCCCCAAGCUCAACGACCUGGAAACUCUCAUCAGCGAAGCCACCCACCGACGCAUAUCAGCACCCCCCGACGCCCCCAAACCAACUCCCAAAGUGUCGCUAAUGAAUUGGGAAAACCAUCAAUACAGACCCCAUCUCCUCCCCGCCAAGGACAUACUCUCCGCCCAUCUCGCCCCCUCUCUCGCCUCCCACCAAUCUCUGCUCAACGCGCGCCUUCAAACCGCACAGUCCCACAACGCCAUACUCUACGAGACGAUCCAAAGCCAGCGCGCCGAAAUCGAAAAGCUGCUCGACUCGCUGGAGGCCACCGUGGGGGACGUCAAGAGCGCCAACGAGGCGCUGGAGCCCGUCGUGGCACAACUGGCUAGGGAGGCGAGGGAGGCAGACAAGACGGUCUCAGAGGAGGAAUAG